CAUUAAAAGUGGACAGAGCAGAGAUCAAGGUCCUUUAAUGUCAUUCACAAUCGCAAAUAAACACAGAACACUUGUGAAACAAAAUAUGGAAACUGUUAAAUAACAGUUAUUUUUACAGUGUUAUUGUGUUUGUAUUUAAAAAAUGCACAACCCCAAAGGUUACUACUUUUGCAGUCAUCAUGGUAAGGUUUGUCUGACAUUAAAAGCUGUAUUUGAGUUUCUCUACCAGUUGAGCAUUGAACUGGAGGCUCAGUUUCGUUUUCCCUUUCACUAUGUGAACUUUCACAUUACUGUUAAGUCACACCCUUUACAGAAGACCUGCCUUCAGUAAUCUAAAUAACCAGGAAACUAUUCUAACUCCAUAGCUGAAAACUUCUCACUUGUCUUCCUAUUUUUUGAAAUGGCAGAAGCCAGUAUUUCAGUGGAACAUGAUCAGUUCAGCUGUUCAGUUUGUCUAGAUCUACUAAAGGAUCCAGUAACCAUUAACUGUGGACACAGUUACUGUAUGAGCUGCCUUACAGAUUGCUGGAAUAAGGAGGAUCAGAAAGGGGUUUACAGCUGCCCGCAGUGCAGAAAAACCUUCACCCCAAGACCUGCGUUGGGUAAAAACAUCAUUCUGGCGGAAAUGGUGGAGAAAAUGAAGAAAAUCUCAGCUGUUGUUCCAGCUGGAUCUGGAGAUAUGCAGUGCGACGUCUGCACUGGAAGAAAAAACAAAGCCGUCAAGUCCUGUCUGGUGUGUAUAGAAUCCUACUGUCAGAUUCAUUUCAAUCGUCAUGAAGAAUUUCGCUCAGGAAAACCACACAAAGUGAUUGAUGCCACUCGACGAAUCAAGCAGAUGAUCUGUCCUCAACAUGGGAAACAAGUGGAAAUCUACUGCCACACUGACAAGACCUGUAUUUGUUGCCUGUGUGCAAUGGGUAAACACAAAAACCACAGGAUGGUAACAGCCACAACAGAGAAGACAAUCAAGCAGAAAAAUCUAGAACAAACACAAAGAACCUUCAAGCAUAGAAUCCAGCAGAAAGAGAAAGAUCUUCAGGAGCUGAGAGAGGUUGUGAAAAGUCAUAAGCGAUCCACACAGGCAACAAUAAAGAACAGUGAGAUGAUCUUUACUAAACUGAUCUGCUUCAUUGAAAGAAGCCGCUCUCAGAUGACACAGGUGAUCAGAUCUCGCGAAAACGCCGUAGUGUCUAAGGCUGAAAGACUCAUGGAGCAAAUGAAGCAGGAGAUUGAUGAGCUGAAGAGACAAGAUGCUGAAAUGCAGCAGCUUUUACAAACAGAGCAUCAUAUUCUUUUCCUUCAGAGCUUCCGCUCUUUCUUUCUUCCCCCUGAAUCUACAGAUUCUUUCAAGCUUGCCGUCAAUACUUACAUCUGCUAUGACGAUAUUAGAAAAUCUGUCUCUCUCCUACAAAAGAAACUUGAGGAUUUCUGCACAGAGACGAUAAGCAAAAUAUCUGGUAAAGUGAGAUUUAUUGGGGUCAAUUUCACAUCUGAUGAGGAUGAAGAUGAGGAGGAUGAGGAUGAAGACGAGGAAGAGGAUGAUGAUGAAGACGAGGAGGAUGAAGAUGAUAAUGAAGACGAGGAGGAUGAAGAUGAGGAGGAUGAAGACGAGGAAGAGGAUGAUGAUGAAGACGAGGAGGAGGAUGAUGAGGAAGAGGAGGACGACACGUCAAAGCCUAAAUUCUUUACAGCAUCACAGUCCAGAAGUUAUAAACAAACAUGGACACAUCAAGCCUUCUCAACAUCAGAGUCAAAAUCGAGGAGCUUCAGAGAAUCAGGGUCAAAACCUGGACCCUUCCCUAAAAGGGAGUUAAAAUCUAGGAGCUUCAGGGAACCAGAGUUGCAAUCUAGACCCUCGUCAAUAACAGAAACGGGGUCCAGGGGUUUGAUAAAACCACGGUUUGGCUCUAUACCGUCCAAACUGUCACGUGACAGAUACUACACACAGAAAGACUAAAGGCUAAGAACAUCCUCAGUAAAAAAAAUAAAUAAAUAAAAAAAACCUACCUAGUUUUUAGCUCUGUAUACCAUAAGACUAUGUGGAAGGGCAAAGAGCUUUUGAUUCUAGGGGUAAUUUAUAAACUAUAGAUGAGCAUAUGAAAACCGUUUUCAUAUAGGCCUCAUUCCUACUAGAUAUUAAAAAAAGCAGUGUUUCUCAACCAAGUUCCCGGAGGACCACCAGCUCUGCACAUUAUCCCCUUAACCAACCACACCUGAUUCAUAUAAUCAGUUCAUUAGCAGAGACUGAAAGACCUGUAAUGGGUGUGACAGACAAAGGGAACAUCCAAACCAUGCAGUGUUGGUGGUCCUCCAGGAACUUGGUUGAGAAAGUACUCAAAGAGUAAACCAUAUUAUCUGAACUAAUGAUACUGUAUUGUUGCUUGCCAUAGUCUUGAUGCAUUAUGGGAAGAAAUAUCAGUGAUCAAUAUGUUUCUGUGUUUUAAAUGUUUGGUAACUAUUUAAAAAAUAAUUACAUACAAAUAGAAACAUCUAGUAGAAUUUUGAAGUAUACAUGAAUUUUAUGUCUAUAUAGUGAAAUUUUAGAGGUAAUUUCAAAGCCUAUCAACUAUCUGGAUAUCCCACCUCAGGAUGGUAUGCGUUUUGGUAUUUUGUGUCAAAGUAUUUUGUGGUAUACAGGUACAAUUAUUAGCUUAGCACAUAAAUGCUAAUCAAAAUACAUUUUAAAUUCACUGUUUACUUCAGUACUUACUUGAAAAAUAAUGGUAUUUCAUUUAACCGUACAUAGUAAAAAAUAUCCUGAAGCGAAAGUGCUUGAACAGAUCUGAAAAAGUAGAGAUAUUCAUGCUUGAUUUUCACAGCUCAUAAAGGAUAGAGAGUAAAACAGGAUUCUCAGAGAGGAUUGUGCUCAAUCAGCAAGUACUGCAUUUUCCUAAGAAAUGUUGUCGGGAAAAAACUGUGUAACUGCUGCUUAUGCCAAGGUAAUGGAAUUGUACAGGACCUGUGGGGAAAGCAAGAUCAACAACAAGCUAUGAAAAUUGAGUUUUUAUGCUAUACACUUAAGUUAAUCUAAAGAUUGUAUUCCAGUCACGUGCUGCAGUGCAUUUCAGUAAGUAAGGGAUUUAAAGGCAUUACAUGACAACAAUGUGUUAAAAAUAUUACAUUUACCCAAGACUACUAACUUACUGAGUAUUUUCUUUGUUGUUGAAGUUUUGCGAUCCAAUGACAGCAUUGCCAAAACAUAUCCUGUUACACACAGAUCCACGAAAACAACUAAAAUGCUGUAUCAUGCAUGUCAUGCCAGUAGAUGGCGAUGUCAGUUUAUAAAGAAACAGCACGAAUGGUCCUGCAUCGUGGUGCCAUUGUUGUUUUUGUAGUCUUUGUGGAUGAUUUUUCAAAAGGCAACAUUACAAUUUUCAAUUUGCUCUUUACCAAAAUGCAGAAUAUAUGUAAAUUAAUAAAUGCAUUGUUAACAAGU